AUGCCAUUGCCUAUGCCUAAUGAUAUUUGGCAGGACCUUUUCAUGGACUUCGUGUUGGGACUCCCUCGUACACAAAGGGAAGUAAAUUCUGUUUUUGUUGUUGUUCCAGGUUCUCCAAGAUGGCGCGCUUCAUUGCUGCAAGAAGACGAUGAUGCUACUAACAUAGCCAAAUUAUUUUUCAAGGAGAAGAUUUUGGAACCUCCUUUAAUCGCACCCCAAAUUGAUGGACAAAGAACUUUGGGAAAAUCACCUUUCGCUUUGGUUUUCACUUCGGUUCCUAACCAUGCAGUGAAGAAUGAGGUGAAGGAGAUGUUAGAGAAAACCAAUGCUAAAUACAAAGCCGCCACAGACAAACAUAGGCAAGUCAAGGUGUUCAAUGAAGGCAACUCCGUCAUGGUCUAUAUGAAGAAGGAGAGGUUUCCAGUAGGUACUUAUCGCAAGUUACAGUCCCACAAAUAUGGUCCCUACAAGAUUCUAAAGAAGAUCAACGACAAUGCUUAUGUUGUGGACUUGCCCCUAUCUAUGGAGAUAUCAAGCAAUAUCAAUGUUGCUGACCUGUAUACAUUCAAUGAAGAUGAUCUGCUCUAUCCUAAAGAAAACUCGGGGUUGAGUUCUUCCGAAGUGGAAGGGACUGAUGUAGAACAUAUGGCUGAGUUGAUUGAGGAACAGAUGGACAAGAGCGCACAUAAUCGCAACAGGAAAGCCCAAUAUGUGCAAGUAUGGGCCAUGAGCUUAGAAUCGGACCCAUGA